ACUAGGACGUUAUUUAAAAGACAUUUUUAUUUCACUUUGAUAUUAUUUAAGUAAAUAAAAAAAACAAGACAGAUCUAUAUCUCUCAGAUGAAAAUCAAUUUGCUGUUCUCAAUGUUUGCCUUUCAGCAAUCGACUUUGUUGAAAAUUAAAUAAGAUAAGAGAUUAAUGUGCUUGAAUUAAAUUAAUAAACAGAAUGCAGAGUUUAAUUCGCUGACGCGUUUCGUGUUAUUUAUUUAAAUAUUGAAAAACUCAUCAGGGCUCUGCAUUUGAUAGUAUAAGCACUAGUAAAAAUUCAGAUAGACAAACUGAACAAAAUAAAAAUAGAAUUUAAAAUGAUGAAAAGCUCAAGCUAAAUAGCAUAGAGAAAAAUUAGGAAGAUAGUGAGAUAAUUUUUUUACAGAAUCGGAUUCAGAAAUAUGGUAGAUUUAUAGAUGAUAUAAAUUUUUGGCAGUCUGAGUCUUUUAGAUAAAUUUGAGUUUAAUUUUUAAUAUAAGCUUGAUCGAUUCCAUUAUUAUUUAUUUGGGAAUCUUCAAUAUACAGUACUGGCCGAAACUAUAGAACCACGUAACAGAAUUCGUUUGUAUGAAAAAUUUUAUUUUUCAUGAAGAAGUAUUUUCUCUCUAGUAUACCAGAUUAUUUAGAUUCUCAUACGUUCUUUCAGAAUGCGAUAAUAAAACUUCAUUAUUUCAUAAAAGUAUAAGACAGUAAAAUUUAAAAAAAAUCAAACGAUUUUCAUUUGCCAAAAAAAUAGAACCACUAUGAAUAUUUGGAUGGUUUCUGUCGUAUUUGAUAACCAUUAUUAAUCAAAAGUUACCAUCAUAAAGUUUGACACUAUACGAUAGUGGUCAGCGCUACUCAAUUGUUUCACUCGGAUUCUGACUCCGAAAGACUCCGAAAUUUUUGUUUAUGAUUUAGCGACAUCUAAGUGAUGGUGGAAUCAUAUAUUGUGAAUGGUUGAAGAAAGACAGCGAAUCAUUGAAGAAACAUCGCGAUGGAUGUAUCUGUUAUGUUCUUAGUAUUUGUCUUUGUUUAAAGAAGAUUAUGAACAGCAAGAUGCCGUCGAAAAAAGAACUUCAAACAUUAAUAAAAGAUGAUGAUUUAUCAAUAAGAUUCGUUCCAAAAAAGAAAAACGCUGAAUCGAGUGAAUGUUGGAAUUCUUUUCAUCAUAUUUUUGUGCACAACGUUCAACAACAAUUUGUUUCAUACAAUACUUGUAAAGAAUUAUUUAUGUACUCAUCAUUAAACGGUACUAAUACUUUACGAUCACAUGUUAACGUAUGUUUGAAAAAAAAUACAUCAAAUUUUGAGUCUCAGAAAACUGUUCACGAUUUUUUUCGAUCUCAAAACCAUUAAAUUUAUCAAAGAAAACAAAGAUCAAUAUUAUAGAAGCCUGCGCAGAGUUUUGUGCACUUGAUGGACGUGCAUUCGAUGUUAUGCGAGGUGUCGGGUUUCAAAAUUUAGUCAAGAUCUUGGUUGAAGUAGGUCAGUUAACAAGUAGAUCAAAAUUUGAAGUGACUGAUAUUCUUCUACAUCCUACAACUGUAAGAGCAGCGAAACAUUAAACCAAUCAAUUCUAGUACUGGAUUGUUUUUAUAUUAGUAAAAAUAUAAGUCCAUUGUAAGAUAAAUAUAAAUUACAGUUGAUCAAUAUUUGCGAAAAAUUAACUAGUUAUUGUAUUAUAGUGGAUCAAUGGACAGAAACUCCUACUGGUAAGAGUAUUAAAUAUAGUAUUUUCUGAUUUCAGACAGCUAGAAUCUCAAUAUAAUUUUCUAUUUUUAUCUUGGUAUUAGUUAUUGUAGUGUUGCUCUAAGAUAUGUUACAGAUGAUUUUCAAUUAUUCACUUUCAUUCUUGGAUGCGUUUCUUAUAAUGCUGCCAGUCAUUCGGCACAAUAUCUUCGUGAAUUUGUGAACAAAGUAUUAGCGGAAUACAAACUAGUACUUGGUACAACAAAAUUUGCUGUAACGGACAAUGAAGCAAAAAUACAUUCACAUAAACAACAAAAAUUGCCUCGCAAAUUACAAAAUUAUAGUGAAACAUGUUUUUCUGGAGCAAUAAUUAUGUUGGAUAUUUUUCGUGAAAUGUAUCAAAAUUUACCAGAAGUAUUAAUCAAUAGUAAUGCGAUGGAAAAUUUCAACGCCAUUGAAAAGGAUUUGCUUGAUGAUAUUUGUAAUUUUCUCGAGCCUUUUCAAGAUGUAACUAAUGCUCUAAGUAAAGAUCGGCAACCUUGCCUUCAUCGAGUAAUGCCGCAUAGGCAAUGCUUGAUUGAACACUGUAAUCAAAAAGAAACGGAUUCAACUGUAAUUAUGCAAUUGAAGUCCUUUUUAGCACGACGAAUAAAAAAUGCCUGGUACAUUAAUGGCUACCAUCGUCGAGCCACUAUUCUGCACUCGAAAUUGAAGAAUUUCGAGUUUUGUAGAGAUGAAAAGGAAAGGUCAAUAGAUGUAUUAACACAAGAAUAUGACAAACUUGAAUUAAAUAAUUCUUUAACGCAAAAGAUUGCAUCAAAUGUGUUACAAAACAACAAUGCAAGCCAUUCACAAACAUCAACGAUUGCAACUACCCCAAAACGAAAGAGCUUAUUGACACAAUGUUUUGACUCGAAACUUACUAAUCGACCCCAAUCAUCAAAUUCGUAUCAAGAAAUUGAAAACUAUUAA